AUGCAUCCGACGCAUAUUAGCAUGGAUUGUGCAACAGAAUUCUGUCCAGAUGAGAAAAUAAUACAAGAAAAUAUUCUUCUAAAUAUUAUAAAAGAAUUAUGUGCUGAUUCAAAGAACAAAUUAUCUCCUAAAUUGGUGGGAAAAGUAAACCGAAUUAUAGCGAACUGUGAUCUUACGUAUUACUCAAGCUUACACAAGCUAACCACAGCUGAUGAAAGUACCUCUACGCUUUUAGGUGUAAUGCAUCAAACUGCUGCUGAAUUAACUUUUGAUGAGCAAACCGAACUCAAUCAAGCAAUAAUUAACAAAAUUCAGAACAAAAUUCCUAUAUUUACAUCUGAAUUAGAGAAACUCAAACAGAAUAUAUGUACUGGAAAAAAGUCAAGAAAAGAUCAAAUAAAAGACCUACAAGAUAGUUUAGAUGAAAAGUUAAAUACUUUGAAGGAACAAGAAGAUGAGAAAGUGGAGCUAAUGAUGGAGUGGCUUGAUCAUAGAUUACAUGAUGUGUCUACAUUUAGUACAAGUUCUAGUGAAUUAUUAACACUUAAAACCAAGAUAUUAGAACUAAAAUCAAAAAUACUGCAUCUGCAAAUUUUACGCAAUAUUUUUACUGAAACAAAUCAAUCUAUAAAAGCAUAUAGUGAGGUACAUAAGGACCUUGAAGAAAGCAUCAAGGAGACUGAACACAGGAUUAAGGAUUUUAAAGAUAUUAUUGAAAGUGAUUAUAAU